AUGAUUGCACUAAUUUCUGCUUUGUUGCUUUUAUGUGCAUCAGUACAGGGACGUCCUCAAGCAAAGCCAGAGGAAUCACAUCCAGAUGAUGAUGUUGAAAACCCUUCGCCCCUUGGUGCACAAAACGCUGAAGGAAGCCCAAUGACUGGUGGAGUGGGUCCUGCAGCGCAACCAGCUGCUGGACAAGUCCCCGGAGGAAUUCCACCGAUGAAUGGGCAAAGUCCCAACGUUAAUGGACCGCCACUUGAUCCGAAUAGUAUGAUUCAACCGUCCCUUGGAAAUGAGGACAAGGCGGCACAACUAAUGUCCAUUUUGAACAUAUAA